CUGGCGGCGGGGCGGGCUGAGCUGUGGUUGCGAGCGUCGGCGGAGCCGCGAAGCAGCCGCUCUCCCGGUGCCAAGCCCCGGCUGCGGGCGGCGCGGCUCCGAGGCCCGGCGGGGUCUGGCCGCGGAGGGCUCAGUGUGAAGAUGCUUAAAGAGCGCCCAGGGAUGGCGGAAGAUCCUCAGCAGCAAGCGGGCGUUCCUGUGGUGAAGCUGGAGAAAGAGUUGCCGUGGGGCAGGGGAAGGGAAGACUCGAGCCCCGAAACUUUCCGUCUGCGGUUCCGGCAGUUCCGCUACCAGGAGGCGGCCGGUCCCCAGGAAGCCCUCAAGGAGCUGCAGGAGCUCUGUCGCCGGUGGCUGCGGCCCGAGCUGCACACCAAGGAGCAGAUCCUGGAGCUGCUGGUGCUGGAGCAGUUCCUGACCAUCCUGCCCCGAGAGUUCUAUGCCUGGAUUUGGGAGCAUGGCCUGGAGAGUGGCAAGGCCCUGGUGGCCCUGGUGGAGGGCUUGACAGAGAGAACGGAAAGAACGCUGGACGCCAAGGCGGUUCCGUGUCACGUGCAGGCAGAGCAGGAGGAGACAGCGCUUUGCAGCAGCACCUGGGAGUCUGGCGUUCACCCGGGGCCCGUAGAGGUCAAGCCCGAGUGGGGGCUGCCUCCUGGGGAAGGCGUUCGAGGCCUAGACCCCAGCAUCGAGGAACAGCACCUCAGUCAGGACCCUGGAGGUGGGACGCAAGCCUUCCAGGAGCAGGUGCUGCCAAUGCUUCCGGCUGGUGCAGGCCUCCCUGCAGUGAACACCAGAGACCAAGAGAUGGCAGCCGGGUUCCUCACGGCUGGAUCCCAGGGUUUGGGGACAUUCAAGGACAUGGCCAUGACCUUCCCUGAGGAGGAGUGGAGGCAUGUGACCCCAGCCCAGAUAGACUGCUUUGGGGAGUAUGUGGAACCACAGGCCUGCGGGGUUUCUGCAGGCCUCGGGAGCAAGGAGAAGGAGGCGAAGCCCCAGCAGGAAGACGUCAAAGAGGCGUUUGCUGGGCUGACAGCAGAGAGGUUUGGGGACUCCGCUCUCCAGGGUCCUGGGCUUGGCCGGGCCUCUGAGCAGGAGCCCGGUGGCUCUGCGGGCUGCCUGCCAGGGCUUCCUCCCCCACAGCAGGGUGCUGCCCCGCUCCCCGACGACCUCAAGGCCCACGGCUCCUUCUGGAAGCCCUUCCAGUGCCGGGAGUGCGGGAAAGGCUUCAGUCGGAGCUCCAACCUGGUCCGACACCAGCGAACGCACGAGGAGGAGAAAUCCUACGGCUGUGUGGAGUGUGGGAAGGGCUUCGCCUUGCGAGAGUACCUCCUGAAGCACCAGAGGACCCACCUGGGAAAGAGGCCCUAUGUGUGCAGCGAGUGCUGGAAGACCUUCAGCCAGAGACACCACCUGGAGGUCCACCAGCGGAGCCACACCGGGGAGAAGCCCUACAAGUGUGGGGACUGCUGGAAGAGCUUCAGCCGCAGGCAGCACCUGCAGGUCCACCGCAGGACGCACACUGGGGAGAAGCCCUACACGUGCGAGUGCGGCAAGAGCUUCAGCAGGAACGCCAACCUGGCUGUGCACCGGCGCGCCCACACCGGGGAGAAGCCGUACGGAUGCCAGGUGUGUGGCAAGCGCUUCAGUAAGGGGGAGCGGCUGGUCCGACACCAGAGGAUCCACACGGGAGAGAAGCCCUACCACUGCCCAGCCUGUGGGCGGAGCUUCAACCAGCGAUCCAUCCUCAAUCGGCACCAGAAGACCCAGCACCGCCAGGAGCCCCCGUUGCCCUGAGGAUGGCCUCAUCACUUACCUUGCUGCUGGGCUUAGCGGGGAGCCUGGAGGGUGGGGUGCGCAAGGACACCUUGACAUACAGUCUCUCGUCACUCCCAAGCCCAGGGAGAGGGCAUGGCCUGGCUGCUCGCAUCUCACCCCCGUGGUGCUAACGAUUUCUGUUUCCGUCUUUUACUGCAGACUGAGGUUUGUUCCUUCAGCGGAUGUUCACGCCCCCCCCACCCUAAGUGUGGUGGUGAAGGCCAAGUUUUCUCACUGUUGGUAGCUUGAGCCUCUUUUUUCUGAGGGCUGUAUCCUGCCUGCCUCUCUCCUCACCACUCUCUUCCAUUUAACAAAAAUUUCUGAAUUCCUGCCAUGCCCCUGGCACUGAAUGCUGGGACAAGGGAGACGGGUAAGGCCUGAGUUGGGAGCAUGUGUGAAACCAUAACCCCGGGUGUGCAUUUGUUCUGUGGUGAAUGCCAUACCCCUCUGACUGUAGCAUUCCACCCUCAUUGUAAAAUUUCUCUGAUCUGUUACUCCUCACAUUAUAACAACUGUCAACACAACCACUAUUGGAAAUUAAUAUUUUGCUAUUGAUCACUGAAUAAACACGAGAGUAUUUUUAAGAAAAAA